UAAAAGAUGUACGUUGCUGUUACCCACAAGGGAGAGACUAAAGUACGUUCACAAGAUACUGGCAGAAGUUUCCUGUUUUAAAUUCAAUGGCUGUGCAGCUCCUAUCCAAUGUUUAGGAUUACCAUGUUAUGGCAUGUUUUUACAGACCUUAACAGCAGGUUGGGAUGAACUCGAGUGCCAUCGUGUGUAUAACUUCUUAUGUGAGCUGACUAAACUCUCCCGCAAGAUGCAGGCCGUUGUCUGCAGCAAACCAGGAAGUGCCCGAAAACUGGAGUUAAGGAUCAGACUAUUCUGUAGGAAUGUCCUGCUUGACCACUGGAUACAUCAAAGUGAUUCUGCGUUUUGGUUGACACGUAUAUUAAAACCAUGGCCAAUGGUGAAUCAGGCAAGAUUAUUGUAUAUCAUCUUCGGACCAAUAUCUCCUCAAGAUGGACAGGUGGUUUGGCAGAAAAUGAUAGAAGAACCUACAGAUGAAUCCAGUCUGAAAGGUUUGGCUGAUGCCAUUAAAUUACUAUAUGACACAGGCACCAAAGAGUGGACAGCAGAUGAUAUUAUCAGUCUUGUAGAUGAACUAUCAGUGGUUCCCCGUGAGUGGCUGUUAGAGAAUAAUGCACGUCUCCUAAUCCUAAGUGGGAACAGCAUCUGUUUCACUUUCAUGGCUAGUAAAGCUGUGAAUGGACGGGCCAUUGAACUGGCAAAGCUGAUAGUCUUUUUGGCUUUGGUGUGUGAGAAAGAACUAUACUGCAUGGAUUGGGCAGUUAAAAUGAUGCAAAAAGUCUGUAAAGUCUUUAGCACUCCGGUGGAAAGAAAUAACUUCCUGCAGAGUGUGGCAAAUGCAUUUGCAUGUGUUACAAUGGAAAUGCUGCAGUCAAUUAUGUCUGCAGGAGACCAUGAUGAAGAUGACAGAAGCUUUUUGAAUCUGUUCCAUCUUGUGCAUGCUCAGGCUAACUUCCAUAAGGAGGUCUUGUGUUUGACCAUGAAUACUCUUUCUACCUAAAUACUCAGAAAGCCUUGCAUUUAGAGAAUACCUGACUGAACUAACAAUUAGAAGAAUGCUACUUUUCUACACUCAGAGAACAGCAUCCAUGGGACUUUUUAUCACUUAAGUAACCUAAGAACUCAAAAGCUGCAUAGAAUUUUAGAGGCAAC